CAAAAUGCAAGUUUUGCCGCGGUAGAAUUCAUUGAAUAGUAUCAAAGGUAACACGCAGCAUCGACGCGUUCCUAAAAAUUGCGAAAACUAUCAUUCCAGAAGUACAAUUAAAAUUAAACAAUAAACAUGUUUGAAGCACGUUUGGGACAAGCAACUACACUGAAGAAAAUCUUGGAUGCCAUAAAAGAUUUGCUAAAUGAAGGUACUUUCGACUGUAGCGAUUCUGGUAUACAGCUUCAAGCCAUGGACAACUCCCAUGUGUCGCUUGUUUCGCUGACGUUGAGAUCUGAUGGUUUUGAUAAGUUUCGCUGUGACCGUAAUCUCUCUAUGGGCAUGAAUCUGGGCAGCAUGGCAAAGAUCUUGAAGUGCGCCAACAAUGAGGAUAAUGUGACUAUGAAGGCACAGGAUAAUGCUGACACAGUAACCAUCAUGUUCGAAUCGGCUAAUCAAGAAAAAGUCUCCGACUAUGAGAUGAAACUAAUGAAUCUCGACCAAGAGCACUUGGGUAUCCCAGAAACGGAAUAUUCCUGUGUGGUGCGCAUGCCGGCAAUUGAAUUUGCACGCAUUUGUCGUGACUUGGCUCAGUUUAGUGAAUCCGUCGUCAUUUGCUGUACGAAAGAGGGCGUCAAGUUCUCUGCCAGCGGCGAUGUUGGAACUGCCAAUAUUAAGUUGGCUCAAACCGGCUCAGUGGACAAAGAGGAGGAGGCUGUUAUCAUUGAUAUGCAGGAGCCAGUCACGCUGACCUUUGCUUGUCGCUACCUGAACGCCUUCACCAAGGCAACACCGCUCUCUACUCAAGUGCAGCUGUCAAUGUGCGCCGAUGUGCCGCUGGUGGUUGAAUAUGCUAUAAAGGAUCUGGGCCACAUACGCUACUAUCUAGCGCCAAAGAUUGAAGAUAACGAAACAUAAAGUUGUCGUGAGAUACAUCCAAAACGUAUUCAUAUUUACAAUUUUACAUUACCGCAUAAUUCUCUUUCAUACGACAUCCUCUAAGUUUUAAGAUUUUUCAUGCAACAUUUCCUUUGGUCAAUAAAAAAAAUAUAUAUUA